GUUCUCUCUCUCAUGUUCUCUGGCUAAAUCUCUCUCUCUCUCUCUCCGUCGCCGAAGUCCCGCCAUCAAGGAAACCCUAAACCUAAGCCUAAUUUCUCGUUCUUUCACUCGAGCAAUGGAGUUCGAUGACGUCAGUCAACUGAGGCGUCGUCGGGACCGCGAAAUCCCUCUCCUUUCAUUCCCAAUGACGCCGGUGAACCCCGAUGUUCCUUCGAAAUGGGGCCAUUAUCGACAAAUCCUCAACGAUCUCUUCAGCAACAACAGCAACAACACGAAGAAGAGAAAAAGAAGCGUUCUUUAUUCCGAUCGGGUCCUCGACGCCAUCGGUCUCGAAGACGCCGAUCACCUCAACGUGCUCGACUGGAACCCUAGCAUCCUCCUCUCGAUCGUCCUCGACGACACGGUUCACUUGUGGAACCCUAAUUCCUCGGCCGACUGUGUUCUGACCACUGGAGAAAGUGGUGGUGGGUCCGUCACAAGCGUCAGCUGGGCUCCUGAUGGCCGCCACAUUGCGAUCGGGCUCGACAAUGGCCGAAUCCAACUUUGGGAUGCUGAGGGUAAGCGAAAGCUGAGGACUUUGAUGAGCCGAUCAUCAAGAAUCGGGGCUCUCGCCUGGCAAGGCAACAUCUUGACCUCAGGAGGAUCUGAUGGGCUUGUCAUCGAUAGCGAUCCCAGGUUACCCUCUUCUUCUGUUGUUGUUCAUACUUAUCGAGGGCACCGUCGAGGGGAUAUAUGUGGGCUUGAGUGGGCUGAUUCGGGCUUCAAGCAGUUGGCAAGUGGAGGAAGGGAUGGGCUGGUUUACAUUUGGGAUUCUCGAAUUGAGGAUCGGUGGAUGUUUCGGUUGAGGGCGGCUGCUACUGGUGCAGUUAGAGCCCUUGGUUGGUGCCCGUUUAGGGAAAAUUUGCUGGCUACUGGAGGAGGAGUUGGUGGUGAUGCUGAUGAUGAUAGCAAUGGGUCAAUUAAAUUUUGGAAUACAAGAACUGGAGAUUGUGUGAGCUCGGUGACAACGGGCAGUUCUCAAGUUUGUUCUCUUCUGUGGAGCAAGAGCAAAGAGGAAAUCUUAAGCUCUUGUGGGGGUAACAAGAAGCAGCUGACACUUUGGGAGUAUCCUUCCAUGGAUAGGAUUGGUGAGCUUGUUGGCCAUGGUGACCGGGUUAUGUACACGGCAUUGAGCCCAGAUGGUCAGAGUGUUGCCUCUGCUUCAGGGGGUGUGGACUUGACCCUGAGGCUCUGGAAUGUGUUUCCUCCAGUGCCAGAGGAUGUACCUAGAGUGGCCUUUGGCGAUUCACAUCGUGCACACCUCAGGCCAUACCUCCAAUGCUCGCUCUACGCUGCCAGUCUGUUUUCCAGAAAACUAAUGCAUGUUGGCUGAUUGCAUUAUAUCUGAUUGGCGGUCGAUAAGCGGGUAAGUGCAGAUAAAGUUUAAUUGGUAUUUGGUAAGCGUAAGUCUACCUUUGAUUUCAGAUUUACUAUGUUUCCCCCCUUAUAUACCAUGUUUUUGUUUAAUGAACCUAACAUAAAUUAAUAUGUUUCCUUUCAGUGCAAAAUGGUAUAAUCUGGUUUUUCUUCAUCAAGUGAGAGCCACAAUUUCAACUAGACAAUGCUAUCCAUGCAAACAAUUCAACGUGAAUGCUUAGUUAAUUAGAAAUUGGCUUCAUUAUGUUGCUCUUUUGGUAUAGUAAAUUUUUUUUGGUGUUUCUUUCUUUAGUAGUUGGUGUGUGUGUGUGUUUGUUUGUUUGUGUUUGGGUUGUCGGAUGCGUCCUUAGGCGCGGGAGAUCUAUGGGUGGGUGGGUGGUUGUGUGUCUGCAUUGGUGGGUGCAUGUGGUCAUGUGAUUGUGCAGGUGUGCAUUUGUAUUUGUGCGCUCGCGAGUGUAUGCAUGAAUGUGUGUGCUUGUGGCUGUCAUGUGUUUGUGUUCAGGUACGUGGGUAUGGGUAGGCAACUAGACAUAUGUGCAUGGAUGUGUUGGUGAGUGGGUAUACAUAUGCAAUUAACCCUUUCCAAUAUUGAACAGUUCAGAGAGUAGAAUUCUGAUUUGGAUACAAAUGUGCAAAUUACCUUGAUCCAUGCAUGGCAGAGGGAAGCGCAAGAAAAUAUUUAAUAAAUAUCUGCUCGGAAGCCAUCUUCGUGAUCAGGGAGUUUAAUCUCAUAAUACUAAUUUUCUUACUCUGAGCCUGCUUCAAGUCUUCUAAUUCACACAGCUCUCUAUGCGAUGCAGCUUUCAGAGGCAGUGUCGUUGGUAUAGCUAGUUGAUAAUACCAGGAUGCGAUAUUUUCUGGGAUGGUUAACGUGCUUCGAGCUCUUUGGAAAUUUGUUAAACAUGACUAUUUCAGAUGUAUCUUGCUAAUGUUAAUGAAGAAAUAUGUAUAUGUCGUCUAUUCUGUACUUGUGUAAGUGGCUUGGUUA